UGUUAGGGUCAAUGCGGGUACGUUGAGGGUUAGAGUGGGCUGGCCGGUUGGGUCGAGGGUUCAUCGGUCUGUUUAGGCUUCGAAAGUCGGAAAUUCGAACUUCCACAGUUUCUCCGCCAUUCCUAGUGACAGUGAGGUUAGACGUACAGUUCGAAGGCUUCCCUCCAACUUUUCACCUCCGCCGUUCUUAUUGAGGUCAGAAGUUUGGUCUGUUCGAAGGUUUCGGCUCUGACGUCGCUCCGUCACUCCCUCGUCUCAGACAUCUUUCCGCCUCUCCGUCGUCUCAGACGUCGUUUGGUGUUUCUCUGUUCAUUCUCCUUUUCGGAUCAACAGAAGUGGAAGCCUGUGCUACUGGUUAGGGUUUUCUUGUUGAUUUGUGCUCCACUAGUUAUUCUGGGUGGUUUGGCAUAUAUGCUGCUCAGUUUCUUCUCUGUUUCACUGCUAAAACAUUGAGCAAGUGAGGAAGCCAGUCUGAAAAAAAGGAGUUGAAUAUUUUUGUAAACAAAAAUCCCUCCUGGUUUCUCUCUCUAACACAUUUUUGAUAAUGGAAUUUGUAAGCCCUGAAGGGCUUCGCUUAGAUGGCCGUCGUCCUAUGGAAAUGAGGCAGAUCCGUGCAGAGAUUGGUGUUGUGGCCAAGGCAGAUGGUUCUGCUUCAUUUGAGAUGGGAAAUACUAAAGUUAUAGCUGCAGUAUAUGGCCCUAGAGAGGUUCCAAACAGGAGCCAACAAAUUAGUGACCAAGCACUGGUUCGCUGUGAAUAUAGCAUGGCUAACUUUAGCACUGGAGAUCGUAUGAGGAAACCAAAGGGUGACAGGCGAUCAAUGGAGAUAUCCCUUGUCAUUCGCCAAACUAUGGAAGCAUGCAUAUUGACACACCUAAUGCCUCGUUCUCAGAUAGACAUAUUUGUCCAAGUUCUACAAGCUGAUGGAGGAACAAGAUCUGCAUGUAUCAAUGCUGCAACUCUGGCUCUUGCAGAUGCUGGGAUUCCUAUGUGUGACCUCAUCACUUCCUGUAGUGCUGGAUAUCUCAACAGUACUCCUUUGCUAGAUCUGAACUAUGUAGAAGAUAGUGCUGGGGGCCCUGAUGUCACUGUAGGAAUUCUAUCAAAGUCAGAUAAAGUGACACUCCUUCAGAUGGAUUCUAAACUACCUAUGGACAUCUUUGAAAAUGUCAUGCAACUUGCAAUAGAAGGGUGCAAAGCAGUUGCAAACUACAUUCGAGAGAUACUGUUGGAGAAUACCAAACAAUUGGAAUACCGCCGGGGCACAUAGUCUUUCAUCAUCUAAGGAGCUUGAGUGCUUUCUGUAAAUGUAAAGAWUUGAUAUUAMUUCCUUUCAUAAUUAAACUGAUUUAAUUAUUGCAAGAAUGUACUUGAAAUGCCAGAAUGGAUCUUUAGUCCAAAUGUGGCACACGUUGCCACUUGCCAGUUAGAUUUUUCUUAUUUGUAUACCAUAGUGCCAGCAUAGACUCAAACCUAUGAAAUGGUGUUCGAUUCCUUGUUCGGUAAAAUAUGGUGGGUGGGACCCAGAAAUUUAUUUGGCUAGACAUUCUUGAAUUCUUUUUGAAAUAAGUUUUUUGAAAUGGUGUUUCGAUUCCUUGUUCA